AUGGAAAUAAGUUUCACAUUUUUUUCAGUCAAUAAUCCAGAUGAGGUUAUCAAUGGUGGCACUCCAAAAUUCAGAGAAAUGGGGCCAUAUGUUUUCAAGUUAUAUUUUAAAUUAUUUUCUAUUAUAUUGUUAUUACAGUUAAUGAAUUCAUCUAAGUUUUUAGUUUUUGUGAUUUCCACUGCGAAUCGAAUAAAUUUAGAAAAGAAUAAAUUUAGAAAAUUUUCAAUGCUUUUUUGCUUGAAAAUUUUUGUUGUAAUUGAAAAAAAAUUUUGUAUUUUAAAUAAUAUUUGUGUUUAA